AUGGGUGGACACGCUGAUAAUAGUGGAUUUCCCCCAAAUGUAUCCUUAGUCAACCAUCUCUCACAUGCUGGUCUCCUUCCUAGCCAUAUUUAUCUUGGAGUCUGUUUCUUCAUUCUUGGAGCGUGGUGGCUUUCAGCAGUUCUUCGCAAGCAGAAUCAUCGGAGUAGAAAAAGUGAAAGUCACCUCUCUUUUGCAGGCAAUUGUGGACCAUGUUCAAGCAAGAUGUUUGAAGGAAUCGUUAAAAUUGUUGCUUGCAUUGUUGGUUGUGUUAUUGAGGCAAUUACAGUUAAAGCUUUGGGUCGGGCCAGGAAUUACACCUAUGAAACUGUUUACGCUAGCUUUAUGCUAGCUGCUUUUGUCGAUAUCUUCCAGGGUCUACGAGUUGUCCUUCCCGAAGGAAUUGACUACUUGACUCACGCAGUAGCCUUCGCUAAUCUCGCAAUUCUGGCUAGGUCUCAGUCUUGGGGGCAUCUUCAUUUAACCGUGUCUACUCGAAUGCUUACAUCAUAUAUUGCACUAUUCGCAACUUUAGCGUUGUUAAUGGAACUCUAUAAACCAAAAUCACAAAUUCUUAAAUUUAUCAGAACGGGUACUGUUAUGCUUCAAGGAGUGUGGUUCUGGCAGUCUGGAAUCGUUCUUGACUCACGAUUCGCUGAAAGGUGGACUGAAGAAGACCACGCCAAUCUGAUGUUCAUCACCAUUGCCUUCUCUUGGAAUAUGUGUGGAGUCGUCCUCUUCCAUGUCUUCUAUGCUGUUAUAAUGGGAAAAAUUUUCGGUAGAAAUGAUUCUGAAGGCCCAAGGUCACGUUAUUUAGAAAAUACUGCAAAUACCGCGAAGGAGUCUGCCAAUCCUGAGUCAAUAAAUGAUUACAAACCUCUUCAACAGAGUGAUGCGUCAUUUGAUCUCACUGAUUCCAAUGAACAGUCGUAA